CUAUGAUAUCAUUGUGUAGCUGAAACUUUUACCUAUUCAUAAAUAGGUUUCAAUACUAAAUUAGAUUUUAAAUUUUAAAAUGACUCUUUAAGGAGUGGCAUUAACUGUGAACAAAAAAUGACUCGAUGAACACCCCCUCCCCUAGCCUUCUUGAUUCCAGAACACGCGGCUGGCACAACCAGAUUGAUCUGCGGUUUCUUUCCACUAUCUCAAAGGAUUUUCUCUCCAGCGUGCAGGGCACCACUGGCUCCCCCAGGCACCCGCUCCCUGCUUCUCAUGGGAGGGCCAGAGGGAGGGGGUAGGGGGUAGAGGCGCUGGGCCUCCGCCCCCGCCCUGGCCUCUGUCUGGCACUUCGUCUCCCGCACUCGACAGUCUGUGGUGACACCAGCCCAGGACUUGUCAGGCCUGCGCCUUUGGCGAGCGCGGCAGCUCCUCCUCCCGCCGCCGGCCCAGCCUGGCGCCUCUCCGCGGAGCGGACCGGGUGGCGCCGGGACUCGCCCGCGGUCCGGCGGCUGGUGGGUGCCGGCAGGGUUCAGUCUGGAGCCCCAGGUGGAGGGGCGCCCUCGGCCGCAAGGGGCGGGGAGAGGUGGGCGGCGCCGAUGCUUCAAGUCCCAAGGCUGGAGAUUCUGCGGCUGAACGCAGGCAUCGAACUCAGGACCUUGCGCUUGUGAGGCAGGUGUGGUGCCACUGCGCUAAAUCCCCAGCCCUGAAUGAGAUUUUUUGCCAAAGCACUGCUCAGCCUCCAGUUCUGUGGUUUACUGGGAUUGCCAAAGGUGGUGGUGGCCCCCGUCUGGACAUGGCAGCUGGUCCCCACUGUCACCUGAAGAAGGCGCUCCCUUCUCUCCUGAACAGCUGCCCUCCAUACAGCUCUCAGGAUCAGGAUGUCAUGAAUCUUGAAAGAUUACCUGAAAAGGCCAAUGGGAAGCAGCACCAUGAUAGCCAUCUUCAUAUCCAUGAAGACCAAGAGAAGGCCACCCAGGAGAUCCAGUUGGAGCAGCUUUGUUUCCCAGCUACUACCAGACCCCAGGCUGGCCGCUUUCAGUGCCCCGGUUUGAAGUCUGCGCGGCGAGAGUUGCCAGCUUCCCCGCUCCACGCCUCGCCCCGGACGGGCCGCAUGUGGUUACCUCCACGGUCCCGCGUCUAUCUGAUUAUAGGGUUGCAAAAUGAGUUGACCAAAUGUGGGAUCUUGAAGAACAUGAGUGACUGUGAAGAUUUUUGGAAGUUGAUUCGGGAGGAAACUCAUGGAACAGAAAUCAAAGAACAGCUCCAGAAGAUAAAAAUUAAAAUGUUGGAUCCCAGAUACUGGCCUCUGGUGGCUCCUAGAAGAAGGGAAACAAGGUCAUUGGUCAGCGCUGAUCAGGACAACAGGCCCUGCCAGGGGAAAUGGAUCCGGACAUCCUCUCUGGAACCAGUACCCUGUCUGUCUCAAACACAAGAAGAAUUCCAGCAGCCACCUCCCAGGGACUUUCUUUCUCAACUUAUGGAGUGGAGGGAGAGGUGCCAACAGCGAGAGACUGCAGGAAAACUACCCGGAGGACAGGGGGAGAACAAGAUUAUUUGUAAAAUGAACAAGAAGGAUUCCCGAAGUAAGAUAUAUCUUAGAUGCUUGCAUCAGAUGUAUUCUACCUCCCUUGCUAACAUGGAAUUCUCCAGAAGGCUGCUGGAGAAGGACGGCCGCUUCGCAGAUGUGCAUGCUGUGGGCAGAGCUGGAGGUCUGGUGGGUUACAUGGUCCCAGAUGGACACAGAGAGCAGAAAGAAGUCACACCCAAGGAGACAGAGACACGAGACCCACUGCCUGGCAGUCAGCGGCCUCGGGCACAGCUUGCCCUCACCUUCUUGAAAUGCUGGAGCUCAGGACAUGCAUGGAGAGAUUCCCACCCCAAAACAGGAGGACACCAAGUGGCCCUGCAUGGCAUGCUUAAACUUCCCAAGCACUUGAGUGAACCUGAUCCUCCCAGGAUGACUGCAGUACCUGACACCCCCACACCCCUGACCUUGGAGCACAUGAGCCUGACCCAUCGUGUUGUGGAGGCUAAGACAAGAAGCCAAUAUUGGAUUAACUAUGUGGAUGAAGAAUGACCAAAAUGGGAAGGAUGAAGAAAUGUUGAUACUCCCAAACAAAUGAGGAAAUGGCAAUUUUUUAAAAAAUUCAAAGUCAUGAUAAACAAUGAUGAUGCCAUCAAGUGAAUCAAUGGAUAUUUAAGUGCUGUAAUAAUAUCUUCCUUAUAAAUGUGAAAACUUUAUUUGGAAACCUAGAACCAUGAAGAAAGACCAGUAGAAACAGGUGUCAGCAAGAUAAGACUCACAACAUAGCCAGAUAAUGAAGAUUAUAGGCACAGAAGAUUUAAUAAGCAAGAUUAACAUGGCUAAAUAAACUUAAAAUGAAGUUUUAAAUUAUGAGUAAGGAAUAGGAAGCUUGGUAAAUGAAUUGAGAGUGUUUGAAAAAGAAUGAAAUAGAAACUGUAGAGCAGAAAAAUAUAAUAUAUGAAAAUAAAUAUUUAAUGAGUGGGUUGAAAGUAAAGUAGGGAUAAUUAAAGAUAGAAUCUGUGAAUUAGAGAGGUCUAAAAAAGUGACUUAAAGGCCAGCAUGGAGAAGCAAAGUGAGGGGGGCUGAGAGACAAGAAGGCCGGAGUGGAAUGUCCACCAGGAGCCAACAGUUUCAACAGCAAUAGUGGAGAGGAUGGGGAGGAGGAAAAUAAUUUUCUCAGUUGAUGAAAAACACCAAUCCUCAGCUUUAGGGAGACCAAAGAAUCAGUAAUGUAAUGAGUACAAAGAACAGCACCAAAUAUGAAGUGAAGUUCCUCAAGCCAGAGAGAUGAGGCAGAGUGUUCACGAAGAAAUAAUACCCAGAAAUAUAGGCAUCACUACAGUAGAAGCUAUGAGCAAGUCCUGGAGAAGAAAUGGAAAGCCUAAGCAAUCCUACAACUGUUAAAUAAAUCAAAUCCAAAAUUAAAAACCUUCCCACAAAGAAAAUUCUAGCCCCAAAUGAUUCCACUGGCAACUUCUUCAAAUAGUUAAGGAAGAAAUAAUGUCAUGAUUUAUAUACAAACUCUCUCAGAAAAUAGGAAAAAAGGCCAUGUUCCCCAACAUUUUUUCGUGAAGGCAGAAUAACCUCAAUAGCAAAACCAGAGCAGGGACAUUUAUUACAGUGAAGAACAAUACAGGGCAGUCACACUCAGAAACAUAGUUGCAAAAUUCUUAAAAGGAUUAGCAAAGUGAACCUAGUAAUAUCUAGGUACAUUUCAGUAACUUCUGCUCAGUGGAAAAAUAAUAGCAAAUUAUGAAUAGGAGAGGAAUUCUUUAAUCUGAUAAUAUAUACAAAUGUAAAAUUUAAUAUACUUAGUGGUAAAAUAUUUAACCCUUUUCUUUUGAGACUGGGAAUAACACGAGAAUGAUCAUCUUUUUUCAUUUCUACUCCAUAUUUUACUGAGAGUUUGAUCCAGGUAGUAAGGAAGACAAAUUUAUGAGAGCUAUGAAGUUUGCAAAAGAUGGAAAAUUGUCUUUUAAAUAGAGAACUCCUACAAAUAAAUAAUAUAAAAACAGACAAUUCAAUAAAGAAAGACAGAAGGUUCGAGCAGGAAAUUUAAAAAGGAUGAUAAAUGGCCAAUGAAUUAAUGAUGUUACUGAUCAGAACUGCAAAUUAAAAUCAAAGUGACACCACCAUACUGACCAGAAUAACUAAAAUUAAAAAAGACAAUACCAAGUCCAACAAAAGGUGUGGAGCAACUACUUUGGAAAGCACUAUCAUUAUCUUCUGUCUUGAACCAGUGAACCCCUGAGACUGAUUCUACUGUUAAAUAUAACCCUAGCAAACCUCUCAUAUACACCAAGAAAAAAGUAUCAUAGCAGUACUAUGUAUAACUGCCUCAAACUAGAAACAACCCAAAUGUCCAUCAAAAGUAGAACAACAACAAAAUAUGUUGUGGAAAAGCAAAGCAAUGAAAUUCUAUGCAAUAGUGAAAGUGAACAAACUUGCUACAUGUAGCAACUCUAGGGACACUCAGAUUGCACAGCCACGUGUUCAACAGGACCACUUGGAUGCAACAAAAUUAAUUCUAUGAUUUUAUACAAGGUUCAAAGAGAGCAAAAUUAGACUAUUUAGUUUAGGGAUGUAAUUUAGCUAGUAAAGGAAUAUAGCCAAGUAAAGAAGUAAUUCUAAAUUCCUGGAAAAUAGUUAACUUUAAAAGAUUUAACUUUAAAAGAGGGACCUUUUAAAGAGGGGAAAAUAGUUAACCACACCAGUGUGUGGUUGGGAAGAGGACUUCUGGGGUGUUGGAAAUGGGCUAUUUUUGAAAUCUGGUUGGUGGGUACUUCUAACGUUUGCUUUGUAGUAAGAGUUUAUAAAGUGUUCAGACAGAAAUGAUAAAUUGGACGUGGUGGCACAUACCUGUAAUCCCAGCACUCUGAGAGGCUGAGGGGUGAUUUAGUAAAUUUGUGAGACCCCAUCUCAAAAUAAAGAAUUAAAAAGGGCUGAGGGUGGAGCUCAAUGUGAAUGUCCUGGGUUCAACCUCCAGUACCAUGAAAAAGAAUUUUUUUUUAAAGAUAUCACUUAUGAUAGCAAUAAAAAUCAAUUAUUUAGAAAUAAAUUUUGGAAAAAGCUAUGCAAGCCAACCCCUUCAUGGAGAAACUUACAAAACAUUAUUAAAAGAUAUUUUAAAAGAACCAUGUAAAUGGAGGCAUAAUGCUCAUGGUAACACUGUACACUUAAAAGAGAUCAGUUCUCCCAAGUGUGGUUUUAGAUUUAAUGCCAUCUUAAAAAUGUUUCACAGCACUUGAAUGCUAAUUGUUAUUUAUAUAGAAAAACAUACAGCUGUAGAAUAUAAUACACACUGGAAACAGAAAAUAGCCAGUGAUGGGGGCUGUCCUGCAAGACAUUAGUCCAAAUUUAAAGCUAUCUAACAAAGAAGUGCUUUACUGGUGGAG